GAACAUACGGCGAAGAAAUUCCAAAACAUCAACAGAACGAAAAUUUCAUUGUGUGUGAUUUAAAAAAAAUCAAAUUAGUUUCUUCUUUUUCAUUCAAAAUUUUAAAUAUAUUUUCAAAAUUAACGAUAUUAGAGUUAUUGAUUGUUAGUGUAAUAGUUCAUUAAAUAUUCGAAAUUGUUAUUGAAUAGGAGGGGAAUUCACAUUUGAAACUAGCAAGUAUAAAUAACUCCAACUACCGAAUUCAGAGGUUAACCGAUUGCAGUUUGAUAACCACCAACUACUACCAAAGGAGAGAUGGAUGGGGAAAAUUCUCCUUUAUCAUUGUUAUUGGCAGGUGAUGUGGUGGAAUUGAUGGAAACUAGUUCUCCUCCUGAUGGAGGGGGAUGUGCUCCAUAUUGGUCAUGCGAUAAGCCAGCAUUGGAUGAAAUAGAAGAAACUGUUUCCACACCAAGACCUUCAUGCUCAAAUACGAUAACGACGAGUAAUGGCAAAACUGUGGGUGUGGUGUCAGGAACAGUUAGGAAAUUGGAUGUUACAACGGCAUCAACUAUUCGAAAGACUCAAGUUAUCAAUCAAGUUUCAGAUAUAGUGAGGGAGUUGGUGGAAAAUUCGGUAGACGCUGAUUCAACUAACAUUCAAGUUUUUCUGAGCAAUUUUGGUCUUGAUGAAAUCAUAGUACAAGAUACCGGAAAUGGAAUAUCUCGACCAGAUCUUUUUCACGUUGUGUCUGGAGGUUAUACUUCGAAAUUGGAAGAUACAGGAAAUUUAAGUGCUCAAGGCCACUACGGAUUUCGCGGAGAAGCGCUGUCCUCCAUUUGCUCCGUAGCUAAUGUAUGCAUUACUACAAAGACUCCCACUGACGCACAUGCUACCAAGUACAAGCUCGAUAAUUGUUGCUGCAUUGUUUCGGAGACAAUCGUCGCAGGUGGAAACGGAACGCAUAUUGUUGCAACAGAUUUGUUCGAAAUGUAUCCUGUGCGGCGAGGCCACAUUAAAGAGAAGCCUAACUGCCAGGAGCAGUUGAAAAAAGUAGAGUCAUUUCUGAAAAGUGUGGCUAUUGCAAAUCCUAAAACGCAUAUCAGAUUGUUUCACAAUAAAAGCUUGAUAUGGAGCAAAGCAUCGGUUGGCAGCAUUGAUCAAGCCCUGAUGGCAGUUUUGGGUCAUGCAAUAUCCAAAAGCUUGAGUAGAUGCGGACCAGUUGAAUUGGAGGUUACAGCAGAGGAAUAUGACGAGAAGAAAGAGCGUACAAUCGAAGCGUUCUUUUUAAACAAACCGGUAGAUAUGAAAACCAUGAGUUACACAUCAAGAAGGAUGACCUUUAUAUUCAUCAAUAGAAAAAGAGUUCAUGUUCACGAGUUUGAAAAGAUUAUCCGUCAAUAUACUGCGGCCACAAUUGUUAAUCCUACCCCUGCUGAGCGACGAAGGUUUCCAGUUGCCAUUAUUAACAUUAAUGUCCCCGAUGAUGAAGUAGAUUUUAACAGAGAAAUUGACAAGACUAAAGUAUUUUUGGUGCAUAAGGACGAUAUCUCUGCGAAAUUGGAAGAGCUAUUGCAAAAGUUUUAUGGGAUUACAUCUUUAGACAACGGUUCCGGACUUUCGGAUAUUUCGGGGUCCACAGUAAGCUCGACAGAACGCAAUCCAACAUCACCCGACAUUUUUGACAUAAAUGAGGAAAUCAGUCCUUUCCCAUUUACUACCGAUGCAGUGAGUACAAACCUUCACAAAGAAAGACAAAGUACAAUACAGUCUUUCAUAGAAAAUAUCCCAACUGUUUCGGACACCAACUUUUGCCAGGCCUCCAUAAAGACUGAGGGAUCUGUUCCAUUCCCUUCUGUUCGACCUUCACCACCGGCCAAAAAAUCAAAUCAGUGCAUUAGCAACUUUGAUUGUAAUUUGGAUGAUAUUUUAAUGGACACGCCACCAGAAGAGAUUCUACCUGCUGUUGAAGUUACCGAACCUUUGACAAUUGUCAGAAGCGGUCAAUACACGAUUAAUUGUGUAGAACUUGAAAAAUCAAAAGCAGUCAGCAUGAAAAGCUCACCCAUCAAUCAUUUUGAAUCAAGUUCUAAACAGGACGCAAUUACAUUAAGUGAGACCGGACGAGUUAUUGACAUGAACCUCUGGGUGCAAGGAAGGAUUCCUGACAACCAUGGAAGUAUUUUGAAGAGCGUCAAUAUCGUAAGUUCUCCAUGCCGGCCUUCAAAUCUAUUGGAAAAGGAAAACGUAUCUCAGUCAAGCUCAGCCUCUCAACAUCUUAAUGGUUGUAAAAACUCGAAAUCUACUAAUGCAUUCGAUUUCAUUGGUAGUGGGUUGGCAAAACCUAGCGAUGCGAAACGACCCAAGUUAAGCAAUAGCUGUAAUAAGAGUCAGAAAAGUGCAAAUCAUUCUGACAUUUCCCUAUCUGGGACUCCGAGACAAAUUACCCUAAACCAGUUCAAAAAUUGGGAUACACCGAUCGCAAAAAGAAAGUCGUCUUCUGAAAAUAUAUUUCGUGCUCCAAGUCCUGGUCUUCGAUUGAUCUCUCCUCCUGCAUCAUCUUCUGUAUCCAUAUCUGCAACCUCGUUCCCCGCUUUCCAAUCUAGUACACAACAAGGACAGGACAAUUUUUCUGGAUCUCAAAACAAUGGUCGAAUUCUCGGCACUCUGACGGAUUCAAGUCUAUACACAGUCAAAAUCAAUGAUUUUGUCGGAAUAUUUCAUCCCAUGAAUAUGCUUCAACAAUUCCCCUCUCUGAAGUACGAUUUGAAGAUCGAAUUGCAGAAAGUAUCUCAACCAGGAACUGAAUUAGAUGCUCAAUACAUUGUCGAAAAGCAGUGUGUACCAAAAUUGUUUAAUGCAUUCAUCCUUCGCAUGGAUCCCAUGUGUGACAAGUACCCUAAAAUAUUUCACAAACUGCAAUCUCUUAAGGACAUAACGUUUUAGAGAAAUACGUACUCAUAAACUGUAAACGCAAUACUCAAUAUUUGUUUCUCAAUUUUUCAAACCGAUUGUUUGUUGUAUACUUUUUUGUUAAAAUUUUUUACGUUUCAUUCCUGUACUAUUUAAACGUUUUUAGCACUUUUAACUGAUGACCUAGUCGAAUUUUGGAAAUAAAUUGCAAACUUUCCAUGAA